AUUUUGCUGAUUAAUUUAGUUAGCCAUUUCAUCCAUUUUUGCUCUGCUCAAAUUGCUCUGCUCAAAUUGCUCAAAUUUCUCCAAUAACAAGAGGAAGAAGAAGAAGAAGCAGUUAGGCCAAAUGUUAGGCACUGUAAAUCUUGUUAUGGGCUCAUCUUCAGCCGCUAUGGCUACUCCAACGCAUUGUACUGCCGUGAAAUCUCUUGCGAGCUCCAGAAUUGGUUACCACAGCCACUGCCGAACGAUUUCAUUGCCUUUGGGAUUGCCUUCUUCUUCUAUUUCCAGCUCCUGCUUCUUGUCUCCACCAGGUUCUUCUCUCUCUUCGCCUUUCAACACAGAAAUCGCCGCCGUUAACUCCGAUUCGGCCGACAAGCAAGAAUCGAACAAGUAUUAUUUUGUAGUUGCAAAUGCGAAGUUUAUGCUUGAUGAAGAGGAGCAUUUCAAAGAACUUCUCUUCGAGCGGCUUCGGAACUAUGGCGAGCGUAACAAGGAGCAGGAUUUUUGGCUGGUCAUUGAACCUAAAUUCUUGGACAAGUUUCCUAAUAUCACAAAGAGAUUGCAGAGACCUGCCGUUGCUCUUGUUUCAACGAAUAGUACCUGGAUUACGUUCAUGAAGCUGAGACUGGACCGAGUUUUAGCCGAAAGCUAUGAAGCCAACAGCUUAGAAGAAGCAUUGGCUUCUACCCCGACGAACCUCGAGUUUGAGAAGCCUGAAAAAUGGGUGGCUCCCUAUUCCAAGUAUGAAUAUGGAUGGUGGGAGGCUUUCUUGCCACCCGUAACAAAAGCAGAAGCAAAAGUAUAAGCUGUAUGUAGCUUUAAUUUGUUUAUUUACUAGCCUUUUUUACCCUCUCUAAUCAAGUAUGAAUUUUGAUGGCGUGAGGAUUUCGUAAAACAUUUGUAGUCGAAAGGCAGUUUUUUUGGAGUAAUUUAGUAUGGUAAAAGUAAAUCUUAUUUCGAAAAGGCUGUAAAUCUUAGCCACUCUUAAGGAUAAUUUUGUUUGUGUGCCUGUUUUUCAUUUGAGUUGCAUGCCCAGGAUCCAUUUCUGA